AUGGUGGAAGAAGAAUGGUAUGAAACUACUAGAAUGGUUGCGAAACAUUCGGAAAAACAAAACAUUGAAAAAGUUUAUUCGCACACUAAUCCUUUUAUAAGGAAUUUUAUAAGACGUUCCAUUAAAGGUGGGAGAGUCUCUGCUAACAGAAAAUCGUUCGAAACGAACAAAAUGAAUGAGAUCUGCGCCAUAUUAAAAGAAUACAAUGAAAGCGACACUGAAGGAAUAAUAGAUUUAUUCAAAAAAUACAUCGCAAGCACAAAAGACAAAACGGAAGUUCAUUCGAGACUUAAAAAAAUAGAAUGUACUAAACUAAUGGCAUUUGAUGCUAACGGUUUAUACGCUUCCGCCAUGUCGGAUUUAGACAGUGAAUAUCCGAGAGCGGAAAGUGGAAGACCGUUUCUACCAGAAGAAGAAAAAGAAUUUGUAAAACUCUUCAACAAACAAAAAUUCAGACCUAGAACAGCUAUUUUAACAGUGUGGUUUGACUAUCCCAAAAACAUUUUCUUCCAACCGAUACCAGCUAAAGAUAAAAUCACUUUCACGAAUAAAGAAGGUAAAAAGGAAACUGGUAACAAAAUCAGGUUCAGAAAUGGUUUCUGUCACGACGUUUUAACAUCGGUCGAUAUUCAAGAAAUAGUGAAAGCCGGUGGACGAAUUAUUAGAAUAUUAGAUGGUAUAGUUUACGAAGAAAAUUUUAAAACUCCACCCUAUAGAGAUUAUAUUUUAAUUUUGAGAGAUUUAAGAAAUAAAUAUAAACGAGAAG